AUGUGGGGAAGGCUGGGCCGUGCCUAUGCAUGCGGGUACAAGGUACGCGGAGGGGUAAUGCACGGUCGCAGCUCGCCUCGUGCGGUUGUGUUCGAUGUUAUUCAGGAUAAGCAGCACCACUCUGCACCAAUAUUACGAACAUGCCUUCCUAACAUCUAUUUCCAGCGUCUGUUUUGUAGUGCAGGCGUUGGAACAGGCGCGCUAGCUAUUGUAAGCUAA